AAAUAUUUUGGGAUAUAUUUUUUUAUCUACAUUUUAUUUAGUUCCUAUAUUUCUAGAUAGUUUUGUUUUUUGAAUUUUCUUGUGGAUUAAAGUAAAAUUUUGAACUUUGACGGAUGCGACGUUAAAUUAAUUUCGGUUUUGCGGAAAGAACUUUGCUUUUUUCGGAAAAAAUUGUUGCUUUUUGGUUUUGAUUUAUUUUUGUUUGUUUUUUGAUUUUAUUGUUGGCUGAUUUUUUGCGCGAAAGUGGCGCUUUUCUAUAGAUAAAGAGAGCGGUACGGAGUGCGGUAAUUAGCUUGCCACGAUACGGUGCGAUAAAGUGUCAAUCUUUUCGGUAUUUUUUCGUCUUCUUCUGGCUGUGUGUUUUUUUUUUUUAAUUUUAAGUUUGUAUAUUUUUUCCUUGUCUUUUUUUGUAUAUUUUUCGUUUUUUUUUGUAUAAUUUGUUUAAAGAGACCGAGAGAGUUUUGUUUUUCGUCGUCGUCGUCUUCUGAUAUUAUACCUAGUGAUUUUUUGGUCGCAAAAUAUUCGUAGUCGUUGUCGUCGUCGUCGUAGUUGUUGGUAUCAUAUUUUUUUGUUAACGUUGUGCAUUUUGUUUAAUUUAACAAAACAACACAAUAAAUAAAAAAUAUAAUAAAAGAAAAAAUGUAUAUAUACAUAUACACUUCGAUAUGUUAAAUGAAUGUGUGUAUAUUUUGUUUGUGUGUUUUUGUGUAACAAUAAAAAAUAAAACACAUGUGCGUUAUGAUUACGUUUGCUAAUCAAGGUCUUUUUCCCUGUUUUUUUUUCUAGUUUUGAAAAUGUAACAAAUUCUUUUUUAAAGUGCGAUUUUUUCCCAAAAAUAAAAAUAUAAAUUUAAAUACAGUGUACCUACAUAAUUCCCAAAAGAAAUAUAAAAAAGAUCUAAUUAAAAAAUAUCAAAAAACAAAAGAAUAUAUAUAGAAAUGUUUUAUGUACAAAAAAAUCAACAACGUCAUAAAUUUAAACUCAUUAGUUAUGAAUUAUUAUCUUAAUUAGAAACCAACAAAAUCUACUAUCUAAACAAUAAAUCUACCUUAUUAAUAAAAAAACCGGCUUGUACCGUCCCAGCUUUAUCGACGAAUUUCUUUAAACAAAAUAAAAAUACCAAGUAUACACCAAACAAAAAGAAAAAAUAAUUAUGACCAAAAAUCUUAAGAUAAAAUAGUUUUAAUUAUAAACAAAACAAGAGAAUAAAUAUAAAUAAAAAAGUUUUUAAUGAUGUCAAACAAAUUAUGUGAAUUAAAUUAUUUUAAAUGUGUGGAUGUGAAUUAGAUAAAUUUACAUAGAACUUUUUUUCAUAUAUAAGAAAAAAACAAAAAAUUGAGUGUGAUUUUAAAUAAAUACAUUUUUUAAUAAAUUUAAAUAUAUUUCCAUGUGUAAGAAAGUAAAUAGGAGUGUGUGUUAAAAAAAAAUAUAAUGUGUUUUAAAUAAACUAAGUGUUAAAAAUUAAAAAAUAUAUAUGUAUAAAUGUUUCAUAAUUUUAAAAAUAAAAUUCGUUGUAACAAGAAAAUGAGUGCAUUAAAACGUAAUUAUUACCAAAAAAUUGUGAUGAUGAUGAUUUUCUUAUAAGAAAAUAUAAAAAUCAACAGCAACAAAAGAGUUUCAAAUUCAAUUCCUUUUUAUUUUUUAAUAAAAAUCCAAAAAAAACCAACGUAAAACUUAAAACUAAGCACAAGCAUUUAUUUAAGCUUAAUAAAAUAAAAUUAUUCAACACAUCAACAACUGGUUUCAAAAAUAUAUACCUUAACUUUUUAAUGUUUAAAAUAAAAGAAAUAUUUAUUAAUUAUAUACAAAUAAAAUAAAUAUUCAUUAAAGAAAUUUAUACAAACAAAUAAAAUAAAUAUUCUAUGCAAAAUUAGAACCAAAAAAAAAACUAAAACAAUAGCAAAAAUAGUUUUUGUUUUUUGUUAACAAAAUGAAAGCUGAAAAAUAAAAUCCAAAAUUCAGGAAUAAAUAAAAAUUAAUACAAAAUAAAAAAAUAUAAAACAAAAAAACCAAAAAAAGGACACAAAAUAAAUAAUAAAAAAGAAAAAAACUGUACAAAAAAUAAAAACCUCAACCCAUCAAUUUAAAAACUAAAACCAAUUUUGAUUAAAAAAACAAAACAAAAAACAUUUGAUAAAAAAAAAAACACUUCAAUGGAACUACAUAAGACUUUUUACAAUGAAUACAUCGAAUUUUCGUCCUGCAACUCCAAGUGGUGACUUAAUUGAGUUACAACCAAAUAAUUUAAAUAAAACUGCUGAUGGUGACAGCAGCAAUAAUCUGCAGCAGCACACACACUUGUCAGCAGCAUCAAUAGAAGCAGCAGCCGAAAUAAACCAAAACUAUAGUGAUUUGUAUGGUGAUGAACAAUUGAUCGCUGCCAAAUUAGAACCCCAACAAUCGGCGGCGAGUGAGUGUGAUUUCUCUGAUUCGGAAUAUUUGCCAAACAAUCCGUAUUAUCCGUGUGGCGGUGGCAACGAUAGUGAUAUCGGUGCAUCGGGUGGUGCUAUAAGCGACAUUGACGACGACGAAUUUCUCGAUAAUCCUUUUGACAAAUCACAAAACUACAAUAAUAAAAUGGCAACUGCAUUGCAUCCACGUUUAUUUGAUAUGUCCACAUACCACCAGCAUCAGCAGCAUCAACUCCAACAACAGCAUCCUCAUCAUCAGCAUCCAUCCAUGCAUCCGGCCCAAUCGAUGAAUCCUUAUAGCUAUGCAUUGCGACCACCGUCAUCGUCCGAGAUGCACUAUUCGUAUAAUUAUCUGCCAUCGAACAAUCGAAGGAAUCUUAUGGGACCACCUGUGGGCUAUAAUCAGCAUCAGGCGCACCAUGCCACUGGAUCGGGCUUCCCACCGAAUUUCUGGUAUCCAAAUACGUCUCACGGGUUUUAUUCGUCGUCGUCGCCGAAUGCGCUGGCAGCGGGGGCGUCACAUCUUCAUGGCCAUCAUCUAGGACACUACCCACCGCCACAACAACCAACGCCCCAGGCACACCACUACGGGACACAUCCCAAUCAUAUGCAUUUGCAUCAUCAUAAUCAUCAUCAUCAUCUGCAAUCCGAUUCCAUGUGCCGGGGACAUCAUGACCAAUUGAUCGAUAUGUUGCAGUUGUCUAACAGUGGUCGAGAAGCGAGAAAUCGAGCAGAAAAAAAUCGUCGUGACAAAUUAAAUGGAUCAAUUCAAGAACUCUCAGCAAUGGUACCACAUGUUGCUGAAUCACCACGUCGAGUUGAUAAAACCGCAAUUUUAAGAUUUUCAGCACAUGGUCUCAGAGUUCAUUAUGUUUUUGGACAGUCAAUCAAAGAACCACCUGAAAGAAAGCCGCAAUUAACAGAAGCACUUAUGAAACUGCUCGAUAGUUUUCACAUAACCAUAACGUGCCACGGACAAAUUGUGCUAAUAUCGGCAACUGUCGAACAACAUCUGGGCCAUUGUCAGACUGAUUUGUAUGGACAGAAUAUACUGAACAUCACGCAUCCAGAUGACCAAGCGAUGUUGCGGCGUCAAUUGAUACCAACAGAUUUGGAAAAUUUAUUUGAUGUUCAGCCGGAAGAUGAAAAUGGUGAACCAAGGCCGAGGACGAGUGAGGAGGAGGAGAUGAUCGAUAGGCAGUUGAAAGCUGACACAAGGAGUUUUACUAUAAGAUUGGCACGAGCUGGUCCCCGCACCGAGCCGACAACCUAUGAAGUUGUACGUAUCGAUGGUUGUUUCCGACGGGCAGACGCAGCGCCACGUGGUGUAAAAUGUAGUAAUUUUCCAUCUGGCUUGCAGCUGAUACGAAGGGCUAGAGGGCGAGACGACAACAUACCUCUUCACAGUAUUAGUGGCAAUGAUAUUGUCCUUGUUGGAAUGGUGCGAUUGAUACGUCCACCAAAACUAAACACCCGCAUUAUGGAGGCGAAUUCGUUUGAAUAUCAAACCCGCCAUCUUAUCGAUGGACGCAUCAUUGACUGUGAUCAAAGGAUUGGCCUUGUGGCUGGCUAUAUGAAGGGUGAAGUGACUGGAUUAAGUCCGUUCACUUUUAUGCAUCAGGACGACGUGCGAUGGGUUAUUGUGGCGUUAAGACAGAUGUACGAUUGCAAGAGUGACUAUGGGGAAUCCUGCUAUCGCCUCCUCACUCGCAACAACCGAUUCAUCUAUCUUCAAACUAAAGGCUUCUUAGAAAUAGACAAAGAAACAAAUAAGGUUCAUUCGUUUGUGUGCAUCAAUACACUGGUCAGCGACGAGGAGGGACGACGUCGUGUCCAAGAAAUGAAAAACAAAUUCUCUCUCAUCAUCAAUACGAAAAUCCCUCUCUCAUCGUCGCUGGACAUACCCGCCUCUGAAAAUCCCCAACAAUUGGAAAAGGCAGUCCUGUGUCUAAUUCAGAAUCUGCAAAAAAAUGGCGAUGACGAUGAGAAUGAUGCCUCAACAUCAAACACCCAUCAUCAUGACUCCCACAAAGAUUCUAGUCAAAUAGCAAGUGGCAUGAGUCCGGCAGCGGUGAGAGCUGCUUCCAGUUGUUCGAUACGUUCAACGAAAACUCCGCCACUUGCACUGAUCCCACCCGAAGCAGAAACAGUCAAGUCAUCGAUAUCGAAGAGUGUGGAUGUAGUGGCGAAGAACAUCCGCAGUGCUCGGAGUAUGCAAAGCCCGCAAUCGUGUGGAGCGGCCUCACCCAUGUCACCUGUUGUCAAUCGGGAUGAAACGUCGAGUGAUUCGACUAGCACCAAUGGCUCGGGAGUGCAAAAUCGUCCGUCUGUCCUUCAACGCAUUAGCAGUGUGAAACACGACGAACCACCAUCGACCACUGUCAAAGUCAAGGAAGAAUGCUUCCACAGUCCACAGAGUCGGGUGCCGCCCUUACCAAAUAGCACUUGCAACUGCUUCUACGAAACAGGCGGUCCUCGGAAUGACUGCAUCUCGUGUCAGGAAUUCGCUCUUAUCACCUCACCACCACCCACAGCAGAAGUUCCACUGCCGCGGCAAUUUCGGUCGCCGAGUUCGUCUUCGGUGUUAAAACGUACACAUUCUGAAAGUUCGUCCGAUGGUAGAUUGUCUCCGUUGGCCGAUGCCGAAGACCAAAAUCAGCGGACAACAGAAUCUCCAAAGAGAAGAUUAAUUUACAAUGAGACCGCUGGCAAAGAAAUACGCCAGGUGAUCUCAAAUUCCUUUCAACAAAUAAAUCGUUCCCUUAAUCAUAUAGAGAGUGCCACGACGGAGCUAAGGGGUCAGUGCAAUAAUUUUACCCUACCAAAUACCGAUUUAAAGCUGAAUGAAAUUUUUGAAGAGCACCAACGUCAGCAAAAAAUGUUGGUCAGCAUCAAGAGCGAAUUCGAAGCAAAUUUGCAAAGUACACCGUUCAUAGAUAGCCCUGUAAUCGUUGACCAAUCCCUGGCGCUAACUCGUCCUGUUGAAGAGAGUUUCUCUCCCAAAAACGACCUUAAGCCCAGAUAGGGAAAGGAUCCGAGCAUAAGUAGCUCAACAUCAUCAGCAACGGAACCGGAGUCCUAAGAGAAUAAGAGUGAGAGAAAGAAAGAGAAAAGAGGAAAAUAAGAGCUAAAGAUAUUUUUAACAAUUUUUUUUACCAACGAUAUACAAUUAAUAUAAACAAAUAUUUUUAAAAAAUAAACAGAGCUCGAACAGAUGAAGAUAUUGCAUAAAAACAGAGCGAGUGAAAUGCAGAAAGUAUAAUUAAACUUUGUAGAAAACAUUAAAAUUAUUGUUUUGUUGUGUUUUUUUUUUGUAUAGAAAAUCUGUUAGAAAAUAUUUUUUAUUUAAAUUGUAAAUAAAUAAAAUUUAAUAUAAAUAUAUACAAUUUUUUUUGUUAAGUUUGUAAUUUCGUCCUUGUUGUUCAGUCUGUUAUAAAGUGUAAUUAAAAAAAGAAUAAUUAUUGUUAUAUAUUUAAUUAUUUUAAAUAUUGGAUUUAAUUUUAAUUGUGGUUGGAGAGAAAUUCAAUUAUUAUGUUUGUAACUUAACAAAAAACAGCAGAUAUACAUAACUUACAAACAAUUUAAAAAACAGCGCGGGGUGGUAAUGCUUGUUAUACCUUUUAUCUUACUUUAUACUCCACAACAAUCCGGCAGCAAUGGUUAUCACUUGAAUGGUAACUCACCAGUGAUUUUAUCACAAACAAAAUAUCUUAACAAAAUCCUUAAAAUACAAAAAUUCCUCAUACUUCACUCUGUACAUUUUUGCACUCAUCGAUAAAUAUUUACCUAGUAUUUAAAAAUAAACUAAAUAAAAAAACAAGCAACACAAAUAUUAUAUGUAAUAAAUGAUAUACUAAAUAAACUCAAACAGAUAUAACAGGACGACAGGAUUUACCGCUUAUUUAAAAGAAAAGAAAAAAAAACAGUAAAUAAAACUACAAAAUAUUUCUAAUAAUUAAUUUUUAAUUAAUCGCUUAAGCGAAAGAUUUAAUUUUCUAAAAACACAUAAACAAAUACAAAAAAGAGAAACGAUUUAGGGUUAAUUUAUGAAGAUGAGUAGAAAAAAGAAAGUGAUAUAAGACUGUUCAAGAAUAAACAAAAGAUAUAAAUUAAAUAAUUAACAAAACAUAAAAUAGGAAUACCUAAAUUUUAAGAAAAAAAAAAUAAUGAAACAACAGAAAAUAAUUUAAGAAAUUAAGAAACAAAAAAAAUGUUUAUAAUUUUACAUUUUUUGUCAUGGAAAUAGUUUUUAAAAUAAAUUAAUACAAAUAUAUUACAAUAAGUACCUACCUACCAACUAUGAUAAUGUUUAUAGUCUUUUAUUUAAAAAUGAAAAAUAAGAAUAAAGAGAAUCAAAAAUAAUAACCAGGGCAUAUUUAAGUGAAUGGAAUGAAUUAAAGAAAAAAAAAAACGGUUUUUAAAAAUACAUAGAUUUAAAUUUAUAUGACCUACAAAAACAAAAAAAAGGAAUAAUAUAUAAAGAAAUAUAUUAUAAUUAUUUAUACAAUAUAAGUUUUGAGCUACUAAAACAAUUAUUAUUGUAACUACAUAUUCUAUAUACAUAUUUCAACAUAAAGCUACAUAAAUAAAUGGUUUACACGUAAGAAACAACAAAAUAAAAACAAGCAAAAAAAAGUAAUAAUUAUAUUAUUGAGAAUCUUGAAUGUGUUUUUCAAAAACAAGAAUAACCAACAAAAUAAACCAAACAGAAACGACAGAAAAGAAAUAAAAAGAAUAUAUAAUAAUAAAAAAAAUAAA